AUGGCAGAUAUCUCUCAUCCCAACACCCGCGGACCCUCGGUCGUCUCCCCUUCCCCGUUCCUCCCACCAGGAGAAGGACCAGAGUGGCCAAAACGAGCGAAACCCUCCGGAUGGAUCAUCCUAUAUGAACUACACCAAUAUCACCUUUCCCAUCCUCCUCCCUUCCACAAUCCCCCCACCACCUUCUCCACCAUCCCCCGCUGCCGACGAAUCACAGCCCUAAAGCCGCAAAUCGCAGAAUUCCACGGUCCCAACUGGCCCGACACCCAGCGAAUCAGCGCCCGUAGACGCCUCCCGCUCAACCACACCACUCAGCUGACGCCGGCCUACUCCGUCCACCUUUUCCUCCCCAACACCCCUCCUCCUCUCGUUGCACGAUCACCGCCGAACCACCAGCCGGGAUAUCUCUCUCCACUAGCGGUCUCGAAGGGCUCGAGACGGUCCGCUGAUGGUGCGAGGAAAAGGCGCGACAGGCGCGGGAAAUGGGAUAUUGGAUGGGGGAUAUGCAGGGGCUUCUAG